AUGGAAAGUUUGCUAGACGAAAUUCGAUUGAAUACUGAACAAAACCGUCCAGUUGAUGAUUCAGCCUCUAUCGCUGUGGAGCCUAGUGUUGGUAACGAUCGCCCUUCGCCAAACAAUUUACCUGAGGGAUUUUGUGAAGCUAGCGAUAGCGAGGAUGAUGAAGGGUGGAUUACGGAGGACAAUCUCAGUAAGGCCCUCAAGAAAAUGGGCGCUGUAGAGGUCGAAGAAGGUGUCACAGUGGGUUGUCUUACAACAGACUUUGCUUUGCAAAAUGUACUGCUAAGCAUGCAUCUUGGUCUCGUCUCGCUAAACGGGUAUCGUAUAAAAAAGCUCAAAUCGUUCGUGCUACGAUGUCGUGCCUGCUUCAAGACUACCCCCAUCAUGACUAAGGAAUUCUGUCCUGCAUGUGGUAAUAAAAUGCUCCACAAAUGCGCCGUUUCUGUAAACGAAGAUGGCGAGCAGGUUUUGCAUAUUAACUGGCAGCGACUUGCGAAUAAGCGCGGGUUGAAACAUUCUUUGCCUGCUCCGAAAGGUGGAAAGCAUGCGAUCACGGAAAAACUUUUCGAAGAUCAAAGGAUGCCACAAAAUCGUAUGGCUAAAUUGCGUGCUGAUCCGUUUGCUGACAGUCCUUUCGAGUUACAUGAUGUAACCUCGAGAUCUGCAAUGCUGGGAAUACGAACUAUGAAUAAUCGACAGAAACAAAGACGUAAUCCAAAUGAAGCUCGAGCAGGGGGGCGGCGGAAAUGA